CUGAGAGCUCAGCAGAGCACAGAAGGAACCUGGCAGCCACCUUCAACCUCAGAACCAUCUUCAGAAAUGGAUGGGGCCUGGGUCUACCUGGUGACAGGAGGAUGUGGGUUUAUUGGGGAGAAGAUCGUAGAGCUCCUGUCUGAACAAGACUACAUCAAAGAAGUCAGAGUUUUUGAUUCAGUAGCAAAAGGAGAAGUAGAAUAUCUCACCACAGCCACCACCCGUGUGACGGCGGUGAAAGGAGACGUGCGGGACUACAAGGCGCUCCUGGCCGCCAUGCAGGGGGUGCACGUGGUGAUCCACACGGCUGCCCUCGUGGACUACAGAGGCACAGUGCCCUUCUGGGAGAUGAGAGCCGUCAAUGUGGGGGGUACUGAAAAUGUGUUGAGGGCCUGCCGUGCCCUGGAUGUUCCAUACCUUGUCCACACGAGCUCUGUGGCCGCGGUGGGACCCAACACCUCGUGUGAGCCCAUGUUCAGAGGAAAUGAGGACACUGAGUACAGUGGGGAAGUGGAGCUGCCCUAUGGGAAGACAAAAGCCAUGGCAGAAAAACUUGUACUUGAAGCCAACGGAAAAAAGCUGAGCCACGGUGGUAAGCUCACCACCUGCAUCAUCCGAGCCAACACCGUGUAUGGGGAGAAGGCAGCGUUUCUCCAGGAGCUCUACAGGGGGGCCAAGGCCAGGAAGGGGGUCCUGAACUUCCUGGAGCCUGAGGACUCGGAGCGGAAUCACACCUACGUGGGGAACGUUGCAUGGAUGCAUGUCCUUGCAGCAAGGAACUUGCAGCUGAAACCAGGCUUGCUGGCAGGACAAGUGUACUAUUCCUAUGAUGACACUCCAACCAGGAAAGGUUUCCUGGUCAGGCACCAGCUGCUGUCCACUGCAGACCCCUCGGUGAGACUGGGCUCCCACAUCCCCUACUGGAAGAUGUGGUUAAUGAUACAACUGCACAGGAUAAUCAGGGUCAUCUUGUUGCCCUUCUGGAAGCCACAGCCUUUCCUAAACCUCCCUUUGCUGAACACAAUAGUCACCACCUUCUCCUACGAGACAGACAAAGCCUCCAGGCAUUUCGGGUACAAACCCCUGUUCACCUGGAACGAGAGCAGGCACAGAACUGCCCAGUGGCUGAGAGCAGCUGUGGGCAACCUGGAACCCCCCCAGCUCCCCGGGAAGAAGAACUGAACCCCACUUUUGGGGCGAGGAGAUGGCUCAGCGCACCGGCAGGUUCCACCUGAGCUUCGCAGUACGUGCAGAUCUCUGGCAGGAACUUUGCAAGCACAGAAAUCCCGGUGCUGAGACAGAGAAGGAGCAAAACUCUGAGGCUGCAAAUGCAUACACCUGUCAUGCCAAAAUCUCAGCUAUUUUGUGUUGUCCUGUGGAACACCAGGGUGCAUUCGAAAGCUUCCUCUCUUGCAGCCACGUGGGCCUCAGUCACUGCCAUGGUGCCACCACUGCAUGGGGUCACUCCUGGGAACAGGACAGACAGGCUCAGGAGAGAAAGGGUACUCAAAAAACACCUUUUUCCUGAAAUUAGUUAACCAGUUUUGUUCCACAGCCUAAGAAGCCAUGGCCUCAGACAACUGGUGGGAUGUCUGUACUGGCUCAUACAGUAAAGGGUAUUCUUUUGUAUAAAAAGCAGACUUUUUUGUAUGAAAAGUGAUACUUUUGGGGAAGACGAGGAAAACCCAGCAAGUUCUUGUUCUGCUUUAGGGUUUAAUAAACAGAAAAAAAAAA